AUGAAGGACCAACUUAAAAAUUGCUCCAUUCACCGUACUGUCCGGGCUCUUACAGUCCUGUAUCCUGGCCCUCUAAAUUAUGACUAUGGCCCAUGGGAGUCCUCGGACAGUUGGCCAUAUAGAUUUGCAUUAUUCCUUGUGUCCUUGUUGCUUCCCUUGGCCUGCAGUUGGUUUUGCUCACUAGGAAGCGUCACAACUCACAAGCUAGCAGAAUUCCCAAUCCUGACUCCCGAGUGCUCUCAUCUCACUGGCUAUCUAGAUCUAGGCACAAGCCCGCAUUUUGCAAUCAAGAUUCCGCAAGAUCUGGUUGUGGGCAAUAAGUUAGCUCCACUGCUAAUCAAAGAGUACACCUCCAUUGUGGGUGUGAAAAGAGAUCUCAAGGACCUCCGAGAUCAAGUUGAGGAGAUCAACGGUUGGUUGCAAACAAGAUAUGAAGCUGUGUGGAAUGAUCGAACAUUAAACUGGCUGAAAAGGUUGAAAGAUGUCGCCUAUGCUGUUGAUAAUGUUGUUGAUGAGUUCCAGCUAAAGGUUGAGAAACAUGCUGCUGCUGCUGCUGAUGGUGGUAUUAUUUCCAAAUACAUGUGCACAAAACCAAAACCAUUCAUUUUACAAUGCAAGGUGGCCAGCAAGAUCAAGAAAAUCAAAAGGAGAUUUGCUAAAAUUGUGAAACAAAGAACAGACUACAAUGCAAUAAGAAAUAGUAUCCCAGUAGAUCCUCCUGUUAGGAAAACAAACAUGAGGACUGGGGGGACUUCAUCCUGGCCUGACGUUGAUGUGUCAUCAGUAGUUGGAAGAGAUGAAGAUAAGAAGCAUAUAAUAUCCAAGCUUCAAGAGACUGAUCAUCAACUGAAAAUCAAGAUAAUUUCUGUCAUCGGGCUUGGUGGAUCUGGUAAAACUACCUUAGCCAAACUGGUUUUCAAUGAUGGUAACAUUAACAAGCAUUUCGACCUCACACUAUGGGUUCAUGUGUCACAAGAAUUUGAUGUCGACAACCUAGUCAAAAAAAUGUUUGAAGCUUUUGCUGACCAUAAUCCGGGACAGCAUGGCAUGCCUUAUAUUAGAAAAACAAUCUCAGACAAGUUGGAUGGAAAGAGGUUUCUUCUUGUAUUGGAUGAUGUUUGGACUGAGUCCCAAUUUCAGUGGGAAGAAUUUAGGGAAUUUCUAAUCAAUAUUGGUGCACCUGGAAGCAGGAUUUUACUGACUACUCGCAGUAGUAAAGUUGCAGAAACAGUGGGAUCCACAGACCAAUUUUUGCUGCCACUAUUAUCUGAGGCUAGCAGCUGGAAACUAUUCAUAGAAAGUUGUGGAAUGGCUGCAAAUGAUAUGGCCUCUGAAUUUCGUAACGUUGGAAAAGAGAUUGUGGAUAAAUGUGGUGGGGUACCAUUGGCAAUUAAAGUUAUUGCAGGUGUUCUUCAUGGCAAGGAUCAGAUAGAUCAGUGGAAGGCCACAAGAGACAGCAAUUUAUUAUAUGUUGAGGGUGAAGAACAAAGAGUAGCUGCAUGCUUGAGGUUGAGCUAUUUCCGUUUGCCAUUCAAUCUCAAACAGUGCUUUACAAUAUGUUCAGUGUUUCCCAAAGGUCAUAGGAUUGAUAAAGAACAAUUGAUUGACCUGUGGAUUGCUCAUGAUAUGAUCACUCCAGAGGAUGGUUUUGAUUACUUAAACGUGGAGUAUGUUGUCCACAAUCACUUCAAUUCUCUUGUGCAAAUGUCUUUCCUGCAAAAUGUCGAAGAAGAAGAUGGGAGAGUUGCAUGUGGGAUGCAUGAUUUGGUUCAUGAUCUUGCCUUGUCUAUCUUGGGUGAUGAAAUUUCAUUUGACAUGCCAAAGGAGGCAACCAGCAGUACCACAAAGAGCUAUAGAUAUUUUUCUUUGAUUAAACGGCCAGAACAUAUGGUACCUAAAAAUAUUUUCAGAAAAGCACGUGUUGUAUAUAUGCGUAAGUAUGAAGAUUACAUAUAUGACAUGGCAUUGAAGCAUGCAAAGCACUUGCGCAGUGUUACGGUGGGAUAUCUCAAUGCAGAAGGAGCUAACACCAUAUCUCAGGUUAAGUAUCUGAAAUAUCUUGCUGUUUCAGGACUAAGUUGUGAAACACUUCCUGAGACUGUCUCAAAUGUUUGGAGCCUGCAAGCACUUCAUGUAAGAUACAACUAUUCACUUCGGGAGCUACCACAAUCCAUUGUUGCUUUGCUUACAGUGUUGCCAAACUCUAUUGGUAGAAAUGAGAAGCUAAGAGUUUUGAGACUAAGUUUCACCAAAAUUGAGAGGCUUCCAUCAAUUAUCACAACACUGAGAAAUCUGGAGUGGUUAGACCUUCAGGGCUGUUUUGAGCUGGUGGAGUUGCCUGAAGGCAUCGGCAACUUGGAGAAGCUUCAAGUUUUGAACCUAAAAGAUUGUAUGAAAUUAGGAGGAAUGCCUGUCGGCAUUGGACAACUCAGUCGACUACAAAAGUUGGGUGAGGCGAACACUGAGUUGGAGCAGGCUGUCCUUGAUGGUCUAGAACCGCCACCUGGGAUUAAAGAGCUAGAAAUUUCGGAGUAUACGGGUAGGCAAUAUGCACGGUGGAUGCAGAAUCAAGUUGGUGGUAGAGUACAGGGGCCUGCUCCUUUCCCAUUUUUAAAGGUGAUGAGGCUAUUUGAUUUGCCAAACUUGAAGAAUCUACAUGGGCUUGUGGAGCUGCCUUGUUUGGAGGAGCUUAAUCUUCAAGAUAUGCCUUCUCUUGAGAGCAUAAGUGGAGGCCCAUUUCCUUUGUUGGUGAAGUUGGAGAUGUUUGAAUUACCUAGACUGGGAGAGGUGUUGAUGGUAGCAGAGAGGACCAUGCUCGAUGGAGAAGAUGGGGGAUGCUGCUGCAAUUUCACACCUCAGUUGGGACAAGUCAUCCAAGUUGGUAAUUGCCUAACAAAGUUACAGAUUUAUGAUUGUCCUAAGUUGGAGGUGAAGCCGCACCUUCCUUUGUCACUGCAGCAGAUGCGGUUGUGGGGUAGUGAGCUGCUGCUGCAGUCACAAGGCCAAUGCCAGGGGUCCUCUUCGCCCCCUAGUUUUAGCCACCUGAAGGAGCUUCAGCUAAGCGAUAUGACAGGACUAGGAUCUGGGCAUGGGUGGGAGCUGCUGCAGCACAUGACGGCGCUCGAGUCAUUGGAGAUUAGUGCCUUCCCUGGGGUGGAAACCGAGCUGCCUGAGAGCUUGUGGAGCCUCACAUCCCUCCGGUCCCUGAAAGUGGACGAGUGUUCUAAUAUCUACAUCCUACCCGAGUUGCUAGGGGAACUCAGGUCUCUGCAAGAGUUGACCAUCGAAGACUGCGAUAGCCUGACCAGCCUCCCCCAAUCAAUGGGUCAACUCACAUCCCUCCAGUUGCUCGAGAUAAAUCACUGCGAUGCACUUCAGCAGUUGCCCGAUUGCCUGGGAGAACUCUGCUCUCUACGCAAACUCAAGAUUACAAACUUGCCGGGGCUGACUUGCCUUCCACAAUCCAUGUGCUGCCUCACCACCUCUCUUCAAGAGAUCAAAAUCCAUGUUUGCCCGGGCAUCACAUCCUUGCCUCAGGGGAUUGAAGGCCUCGCCUCCCUUGAAAAGCUCUCAAUCGUGCACUGUACGGGCUUCACAUCGUUGUCGCAGGGGAUAAAAGGCCUCGUCUCCCUUGAAGAUCUAUCCGUCGCUUACUGCCCCGGAAUAAAAUCCUUGCCCGAGGGCAUAAAGGGCCUCACGGCUUUAAAGAGGUCCACUGCACUUGGCAGUCCUUGA